GGGAGCAGCGGCAGCGCCGUGCCCGCCCCGCCGGAGCCUGCGCGGGGCCCCGCGGCCGCGGCAGCUCCGCGAUGCCUCCUCCGGAGCCCAUGCCCGGUUACACCGAGCUGCUCCGCCGGGCUUACGGCAGCCUGGCCGGGGCUGCGCGGAGCUGCGGGGACUGCGGCUGGGAGCUGGCCAGGCGCACCUGGGCCGAGAACGCGCACCUGGGCUGGGCGGAGGUGCUGCUGUGCGGGCUCUGCGCGCUGGGCUGGACCGCGCUGCGCCGCGCCUGCUGCCGCCGCCUCUUCGCGCCCUUGGCGGAGUGGUGCCACCUGCAGCCCAAAGAUGCCGCCAAGAUGCCCGAGAGUGCCUGGAAGUUGCUUUUCUACUCCUUGUCCUGGUCCUACGGCGCCUACCUGCUCUUCGGCACCGACUACCCCUUCUUCCACGACCCCCCCUCGGUCUUCUACGGCUGGCGGCAGGGCAUGCCGGUGCCGGGGGACAUCGCCGUGGCGUACCUGCUGCAGGGCAGCUUCUACGGGCACUCGCUCUACGCCACGGCCUACAUGGACACGUGGCGCCGGGACUCGCUGGUGAUGCUGCUGCACCACGUCGUGGCCCUGGCCCUCAUCGCCUCCUCCUACGCCUUCAGGUACCACAACGUGGGCAUCCUGGUGCUGUUCCUGCACGACGUCAAUGACGUGCAGCUGGAGUUCACCAAGCUCAACGUGUACUUCAAGCACCGCGGCGGGGUCUACCACCGCCUCAACGACGUCGUCUCCAACAUCGGCUGCCUGGCCUUCAGCCUCAGCUGGUUCUGGUUCCGUCUCUACUGGUUCCCGCUCAAGGUGCUCUACGCCACCUGCCACUCCAGCCUCCAGGCCGUGCCCAACAUCCCCUUCUACUUCUUCUUCAACGCGCUGCUGCUCGUGCUCACCCUGAUGAACAUCUACUGGUUCCUGUACAUCGUGCUGUUCGUGGCCAAGGUGCUGCUGGGGCAGAUGCAGGAGGUGAACGACGUCCGCGAGUACGACGUGGAGGAGAGCAGGAGGGAGCCCGGGGUGCGCCUGCCCCGGGCUCUGAAGGAAAGGCUGCGCCUCAAGAACGGCCUCGUGAAGGACAAGAGGUUGUGAAGCUGCCAGGGCCUGGCGCUGCCAGGACCCUGCUCCAGGACCCUGCAAAGGACAAGCCUGAGGAGAACCUCACCCCUGACCCCCUGCCAGCCCUGCCCGGCGCCGGGGAGGACGCGCAGCUGCCAGGACCUUGUCCCCCGGGGCUGGGGUGUCCCUGUGCCCUGUCCCCCGGGGCUGGGGGUGUCCCUGUGCCCUGUCCCCUGAGGCUGGGGGUGUCCCUGUGCCCUGUCCCCCGGGGCUGGGGUGUCCCUGUGCCCUGUCCCCUGGGUUUGGGGUGUCCCUGUGGCCCAGCUCGGUGGCUUUGCUGGCCUGGCUGGGCUUUGGGGCUGGCUGUGUGUCCCCAACCUGUCCCCAGGUGUUCUCCACCUUCUGUGACUCCUCCUGAGCCUCCCCUGGCUGCUCCUGCAGGCUCCAGCUCCGAACCGGGCAGGGCAAAGCUCCUGCCCUGCCUGGGGAAGGGCCAGCUGUGCUCCAGCUGUGCUCCAGCUGUGCUCCAGCUGUGCUCCAGCUGCUGUCCAGGGGCUGCAGAGGUGCCCCUGGGGGGGGUCUCUGUCACCUGCGGCUCCCAGGGGCGGCUCUGCCUGGAAAUCCACCCCGGGAUCCUCACCCCAGCCCUCCCAGGGGCGCUGAUUCACUCCCAAAAGCCCCGUGGGGGUCUUGGGGAGGCUUAAAAAGGAUCCUGCAGGUCCCUGCCAGGGGCUGCCCCCAGGACUGUCCCCUGCUGAAGAGAAUUCCUGCUCCCUUGGGUUGAAUUUCCAGGCAGAACAGAG